AACAACAAUAAAUAUAAACACCACCUUCACUGAUAUGCUUUCAUGUAUAUUUACGCAUAAAUAUAUUUAAAGAUAGAAACACAUGCAACUCGUGUGACCAAAAGCCUCGCGAAUUGAAAAACACGCGCCGCUGUAAUCUCAGAAUUACCCAAAACACGCGCCAACUUUUCAUUUUCCAAAAAUAAGAAAUAGUUUUAUUAAUAGAUUUACAAUUUCAUGCGUGCAAUUACCAGCAGCUACGGAAACCGAUAACGCGUCUUGGUCAAGAUAAGACGCCGCGCUGUGACUAUAAAAGCGAUCGUCUCAGAGUUUUUAGCACAGUUGUACCCGUACACCAUCAACAGUUACCACACGAACUUGAUAACACAGUUAGAGUAAGUUACUUAGGCUUACUCAUUCUAAAUAGAUAUUGAAAAGUCUACUUCUUUCUCUCCACGUAGCAAAAUGUUCAAGUAUUUCGCUUUUCUGACCAUUUGCGUCACUUUGGUCUCCGCCAAUUUUGUGAGCGUGCCCAUCUACAAGAACCUCAAGUACAACAGAACCCGUGCAUCUGUGAAGGCUGAGACCGCCUAUUUGCGCAGUAAAUACAAUAUACCCGGAGCACGUAGCGCCACUGUGGAAUUUGAGAAUGAAUACAACUUUUCUUAUUAUGGCAAGAUCACCAUCGGUACACCGGCGCAAGACUUCUUGGUACUCUUCGAUACCGGCUCAUCCAACCUGUGGGUGCCAUCAUCCUCUUGCUCCAGCAGCGAUGAAGCUUGCCAAAAUCACAACAAAUACACCUCGAGCGCCUCCAGCACUUAUGUGAAAAACGGUAAAAGCUUCUCCAUCGAAUACGGUUCCGGCAGUUUGUCAGGUUUCUUAUCGGAGGAUACCGUCAGUGUAGGUGGACUCAGUAUCCAGAACCAAGUAUUCGGUGAAGCUACAGCAGAACCAGGUGACACCUUUGUUGACUCUCCUUUCGAUGGUAUUAUGGGUAUGGCCUUCCAGUCGCUUGCCGUUGACAGUGUCGUGCCGCCUUUCUACAACCUGUAUUCUCAGGGUUUGGUCAGUGAGAACUUAUUCUCAUUUUAUUUGGCGCGCGCUGGUUCCUCCUCUCAAGGUGGUCAAAUGAUUUUGGGUGGUUCGGAUUCCAGCCUCUACCAAGGUAGUCUCACCUAUGUGGCCUUAUCCGAUGAAAGUUACUGGCAAUUCAGUUUGGGUGGCGCUAGCAUGAACGGACAGGUCUUGUGCAGUUCCGGUUGCCAAGCCAUCGCUGAUACUGGCACCUCACUCCUUGUCGCACCAUACAGUGCCUACAACGCAUUCAUGAACAUUGUGGAUCCCGAUGGUGAUAGCUCCAUUGACUGCUCGUCGGUGAGCAGCUUGCCUGAUAUUGACUUUGUCAUUGGUGGUAAAACUUUCUCUGUUCCUGCUUCACAAUACAUUCUCAACGAAGACGAUCAAUGCUCAUCUGCCGUCAGCUACAUUGGUACUGACUUCUGGAUCUUGGGUGAUAUCUUCAUUGGCAUGUACUACACCGAAUUCGAUAUGGGCAAUAGCCGCAUCGGUUUUGCUCCAGUCGCUUAAGUUAAUUAUUUUUUUAUUUACCAUUAAAUGAUGGCUUUUAAAUAAAAAUAAGGUUAAAGUACAAUUUUCGCAAGUUUUUAUUUUGUUGUUUUGAAAGCAUUAGAAAAUUUCAAGAGAUCUUACAAUACCAGCUGAACGUUCAGUAUUGUUUGCUAAGAUCACUGAUCAGCUACUGAAUAAGACAAAAUGAAAAUCUUCAUUCUUCAUUUUCAUCGCAAUUGAAGCUACAUAUAAGUCCCCCGUAAAA